GUUUCUGAUUCAUUCAGCAUCAGGCAUCAUCUACACCCAGCCGUGGGCCAGCCUGGACGCGGAGGUGAAGUCCAAGUAUAAUUUCUAUGUCAAAGCCGAGGACGCAGAGGGCAAGUACAGCCUGGCCGAGGUAUUUGUGACCGUGCUGGACCUCAACGAUCACCCGCCAGAGUUCAAUGAGAACUUCCUGGAGAAGACCAUGAUCAUAGGAGCGCUGGUGAAGAUAGAGGCGCAAGAUGAUGAUGCAGAGGGGCCCAACAAUGUCAUUGAGUACUCCAUCAUGAAGACAGACCCGGAAAACAUCUUCGACAUCAACGCAGACACGGGCGAGAUCAAGCUCAAGUCCUAUAUCAAGUCUAUGGACAUUGUCCAGAACAUCACCAAACAGAAUGACUGUAUCUGGUCUGUGGUGGUCCAGGCCCAAGACAGAGGCUCACCCUCCUUCAGCACCACUACAGUGGUCAAGAUAGACAUCACAGAGGCGACUCAACUCAGGGGCCCUUUGGCAUCCUUUUUCGUGCAGAGUAGAGACAAGCCUUUGCACAUCUUAGGCAUGAUCGCUGGUGUCAUUGGUCUCAUGGUUGUGGGGACAGUCUUCAUUUCCACCAUCAUGUUCAUGCGCAACAAAAAGUCCAACAGGAUCCUGCCCCACCGCCGCAUCCGGAGGCGAAACAAACCACCCGUGACCUUCAAGUUCCCGAACCCUGUAGAGAAACUCCUAAUCCAAGAACCAGAGGUCAUGGUGGGGGUCAAUGUCAACUGUAGCAACUGUAACAUAGCGAGCGGACACCCUCUGCCUCCAAACCACAACAUGAAUGUGAUGACUGGACACCAUUGGUCUCCAAACCACAAUGUGAGCAUGGUGAGUGGACGCCAUUGGCCACCACCACCGCCCAAUGCCCCUGCCCUUCCCCCACUGCUCCCUGGAGGGAGGCCAGGGGACAGACAGUGGGUGGUACCGACGGUAUUGGGCACAGUAGCACAGAUCAAGCCUAAGAGGAACAGGAACAGACCAGUUGACAGUGUGAACGCAGCACUGGUGUCUGAGCUCAAAAUGAGACUGGACCAGAGGAGGUUGGCAAACUGCUCUUAGGAGAGCGAGAGAGUGAGUGUGUGUCUGCUUGUGAGUAUUGGUGAGUGGGAGUCAUGAUACUCAAUGAAAGAUAUAAUUCAUACAGCAACUUUCAAAGUGCUUUACAUUGUGUGUGUAGAAGUCAACCACCAAUGUGUAGAAGUCAUCAGCAGUUG